AUGCGCAUGGGCGAGGCAGCGCAUGCGCCUUCGACACGCGGGCGCAAGCGCAAGAAUCCAUUGUCAUCCGUGUCUUCAGAUUCAGCGAAUGCCGCGCGUGUUUCUAUGCCGCGCGCAAACGGCCUGCCGGGCGCACAGGGCUCGCACAAGAAGCGGCCGUACUACAACGCGGUCUUUGGGCCCGAGCCAGAGGAGGACAUGGCUGAUGCACUGGUAGACACUUUGGAUAUCAUUACGCCGCGCGAUCUGGCUGUGGCACGGUAUGCACAGAAUCACGCAUACCUGGAGAAAAUAUUUGCGCCGAACCGGUUUGAUACCAUGCAGGCGCCUGCGUCUCCGUACAAGGAACACGACGCGGAUGCACUCAAGGCGCAGCUCAACAUCCUUGCAUCUAGUAUGGAAGAACUGCAUAAGGAGCACAAGCAGCGUCGGAAGGCGCUAAACGCACCAGAGGUUGCGCAAGAGAGGCAGGAUGAUCUUGAGGAUUGGCAACGCGACGCUGGUAAAGGCGCCGUGCUUGGUAUCGGUUAUAUUUCUGCGCGCAUGCCGCAAGCAGUGGCAGAGCACUUUGCCGCACGCCGCACAGAGGCUGUGCCGCAUGCCAGUGUGCAAUCUGCCAUUGCACAGGUCAAUCAGGAGCACUCCGCAGCAGAGGCAGCGCCGCAGACACAUUUAAUUCCGUCGAACGGCGCAGACGCAUCCAUAUCAAGUGGUGAAACGCCAGCAGCGCCCAGUCAGUAG